AUGUUUGGUAGGAAUUGGUUCCUUGGUUGGGCCAUAUCAGUAAUUAUAUUAUACGCGAUAUUAUACAAACGUAGUAAUAUCCUCUAUGGAUAUAAAUUAUCUAAGAUUGAUAAAAAUUUUUCUUUUUUUAAUUAUUAUGAGAAAAUAAAACAAAAGGAAUUUUCACCCGUUAGAUGUAAGUAUCAGCGUGGUAAUAAGUUUUGUUUUAUUAAAAAUGUAAAUACCAUUUUUUAUCAAGGUCAAGUUGGAAGAACCAAUCUGUUGAGGAGACAAUCGAAGGGAAUAACAAAGGGCAUAUAUUUGGUCUCUCUAAAAAAUGGUAACCCAUUAGGGACAUGGGUGCAGAAGAACAAGUACACCAAAUGGAGCAAUAUAAAGAAGAUAAAGAAAUGUUCUCUGUUUCUGUUUAAGUGUGAUAUGAAUGGAUCAUCAUCCACGAAGGGCAACCACAAUCCCAAGGACGGUGCCAGAAAUUCUCAAAUUCAGGAAAAAUCCAAACAGAAUGUUGAAGCUACGAGUUCACCCAAAUGUUCAGAGAAAGAGGAGGAAAAAAAGAACAAAGAGUCGAAGAAAGUGUAUCUAAAUAAAGAACAAGAUGAAUACAAUAUAAAUGUCAAAAUAAAAGAAAAGAGAGAAAAUUAUGAAAAAAGAAAAAAUGUAAAAAUAGGAAAUAAUAUAUAUGUGCAUUUAUCAAAAUGUGAUGGAGGCCCCUCUUCUGCAUCAGCUACCCAUUUGAAGAAGCAUGAGAAGGAGGAUAUAGAGAUGGUAAUGGAAAACAAAUCACGAUAUUCGAGAAAGUUGGAACAUGAGGAAGUAUCCAGCCCAACUGUAAAAAAUACAGAAAUUUGUCAAAAAGGAAAUAACAAUCCUAUGAAAGGAAGAAAUGAUAGUAAAUAUGAGUCCCGACCCGAGAAGGAUGGUGCUAAUGUUGAUUAUGUAUAUAGAGAUAGCGACUUAGUUGAAGAAGGGCAGAGUUAUGAGACCAGUAAUUACAUAUAUGACAAGGAUAUGAAUGUUCAUACCGAGAAUUGCGAUAAAAGAGAAAAAAUAAAAGGGAUAAGAGAUGGAGGUAGAGGCAGAUCCAGUGAUAGUGACAGAGGUAGAGACAGAGCGAGAGCCCGUGAUAGUGACAGAGACAGAGUGAGAGCCCGUGAUAGUGACAGAGGCAGAGUGAGAACCCGUGAUAGUGACAGAGGCACGAAUAAGUAUAAACACCAAGGUGAGACUCUUUCAAAAUCGAAAGUGGGUAAAGGAGACAUGCCCAAGGAAAAGAAUGUAGGAAAGACCCUAGAAGGAGAAGUUUAUUCUGUGAGCUCAAACGGAGUACUAGUGAAGAUUAAAAAUUGUAAUGAAUAUGGAAUUCUUUUUAAAAAUAGAUGUAACUUAGGUGAUGAUGUUGAAGAUUUAAAUGACUAUUUUAAAUUGAAUCAAAAAAUUUUUGUUAAAAUUUUAGGAAUAAAUAUAAAAAAAAAUUUAUACUACUUGGCAAAUGUAAUUAAAUAUAAUGAAUGUGUGAAAUUAGAAAAGGGUGAUAUUUCAAAAGGACUAAUAACAAAAUUAUGUGAUUCAUAUAUAUUUAUUAAAGUGUUAAAGAAUGGAAGUACUGGUUAUUUACACAAGUCUAAAUUAUUUCCAUGUAGUAGCAUUGAGAAAAAAAAAAAAUCUGAUAAUCAUAUUCAGGAAACAUUUAACGUGAAUAAUACUCAACAGUUAGAAAAUAAUAAUGAGAAAUGGAAUAAUUUGAUAAAAUUUGUACAGUUUAAUAAAAUAUUCAACAUAUGGGAUAUUAUAGACAUACAAAUUUAUGACAAACAAAAUGAAAAAUUUAAAUCUAACUAUAUUUUGACCGUCCCCCCAAAUUCCAAGACGUUUAACAAGAUACGCAUUUAUUUAGAUUCCAUUUCGCAGACAGGUUCGAGUGAAGAAGUGCGUAAAAAAGAUUAUCAAAAGGAGGUGGAGAAGGAGCAAGGAGAGGAAGAGGAAGAGAAAGAAGAAGAAGAAGAAGAAGAAGAAGAAGAAGAAGAAGAAAGGGAUGAUAAACUGAUGGAUGAUGAACAGAUGGAUGAUAAACAGAUGGAUGAUGAACAGAUGGAUGAUAAACAGAUGGAUGAUAAACAGAUGGAUGAUGAACAGAUGGAUGAUAAACAGAUGGAUGAUGAACAGAUGGAUGAUGAACAGAUGGAUGAUGAACAGAUGGAUGAUGGUAAAGCCGGCCUUUCGCACAAACCUAAUGAUAGCUCUGAAAUGGGCAAGAAAAAGAAAAAUAUGAUUAAUUAUCGGAGGGAAGAUCAGCAAAGUGAUGCCAAUUAUUUGCACGUGCCAAAGAGAAUCCAAAACAAUGAAUUUGUUAAAAAAAAAAAGGAAAAUUUUUACAAAACCAAAAAAGUGACAAAGUCAUGCAGAAUAUCUGAGAAUAUCAGCCUCGCUGUUUUUUCCAAAAUGAUAAAAAUUUCCAUAGCCUCAUUGAAAAAAUUCUUUAUAAUUAACGAUAAGAAGGAGUAUCCCUCCAGUUAUAUACUAAAUGUGGAUCAAAUAAAACAAGCCUGCGAAUAUUUUAAUAUUAAGUGUGUAGUGGAAUUUGGCCAACAAGUCCUAGGGAAAGGCACUAACGUGGAUAUGAAUCAAUGUCAACAUGAAUGUCACGAUCUAGAUCCGAAUCUGCAGAAAGAAGGGAUAAGCUCUUCUCGUGAAGUUCCAAUGGUGGAAAAAAUUUGCAGAACGAAAGAUAAAGCUUACAAGGAGGAAGCACAUCUCUGUGGGGAUGUCCCAAAAGUGUUUGCACAGGUAGAGGUAAUUCCAGAUGGGGAAAAAAAUAAAGAAAUGGAAAAUAAAAUUGGAAUGCAGGAUGGCAGAAGAAAAGAAAUAAAAUCUUUGGAUAAUUUUUCAUCAAAAACGAGUCUUGUUCCAAGAAAAAAGCCCCCAUUAAUGACUACCAAUACUGAGAAAAUAAAAGAGGAAAAGAAAAAAAGAAACAUUGUAGUUACCUUCAUUGGGCAUAUAAACCAUGGAAAGACUUCUCUAUUCGAUUACAUAUGUAAAACAAAGGAGAGAGAUAAAGAAAAAGGACUAAUAACACAAAAUAUAAGAGCCUUUAAAGUUAAGGUGAAAGAGAAUGAUUUCACAUUUACUCUUAUUGACACACCAGGGCAUGAAGCUUUUAUGCAGAUUCGAUCUAGAGGAGUGAAAAUUUCCGACUUGAGCAUUUUGGUGAUAUCAGGAGAAGAGGGGAUACAAGAACAGACAGUGGAGUGCAUCAAACUGAUUAAAGAGUUCAACAUAAAAAUAGUAAUUGCAAUUACAAAAGUAGAUUUACCAAAUGUUAGUGUGGAUCGAAUUUUAAAUGAUUUACUACAUUAUGAAAUAUACACAGAAAUGAAUGGUGGAGAUAUACAAGUGAUUAUGUGUUCUAUAUUUAAAGAAGAUUCUAUAAAUAAAUUGAUAGAUGCAAUAUAUUUAGAAUCUGAAUUUUUGGACUUAAAAAUUGAGGGAAAUGAAAAAACACAGGGUGUCAUUUUAGAUUCAUAUAUUGAUAAAAAUGGAAUUGUAUCCAUUAAUUUAUUACAAAGUGGAAUUCUUCGAUUGAAUGAUUAUUUUUACACAGGUUCAUCUUAUGGAAAAGUAAAAAUAAUGAAGGAUCAUUUAAAUAAAAAUAUCAAAUUUGCAUAUCCAUCGGACCCUGUUAUUGUGAUAGGAUAUAAUAAGAAUUCUACUCCAAUCGCUGGAGACAAAUUUUAUAUUGUGCAGAACGAACAAAUUGCGAGAGAAAUUUCUGAACAUAACAAAAACGAACAUUUGGCAUCACAACUGAUGUCUUCUAGCUAUGGAGAGGAGACUGGUAUGGAAAAAUAUCGCGAAUACAUCAUUCCAUUUGGUAGUAUGCCCACCGGUGUGGAUAGUGAUAAGGUUCCCAGCUUUGACAGUGAUAAGUCUCCCAGCUUUGACAGUGAUAAGUCUCCCAGCUUUGACAGUGACAUGCCUCCCAGUUCUCACAGUGACAUGAGUAGUAAUGUGUGCACUGAUGUCGAAAAUGAAAUGAAUAUAGGAAAGAGGAAAAUAAACCUGAAACAGCAAGGCAAGACGGUGGGGUGCACUGAAUCAGCAUUAAUGGAGUUCCAAGAGGACUUGAUAAAUAAAGAAAAAGGAAUCAGUGCUAAGGAACCGCUUGAUGGGGAACCACGUGAUAAAUCAUUACAAAAGGAAAGUAGGGAAGAAAAGAAGAUUGAACAUUUUGAAAAAAAAGUGGAUCCGAAAACUGUGUACGUGAACUAUUUUAUUAAAUGCGACAAACAAGGAACAAUAGAUGUUUUGAAGAGUUCUCUUCUGAAGUUAGAAGUAAGUGAUACAAUAUACAGAGUGAAAAAUAAAAUUAUUUAUGCAAAUAUUGGAGAUAUUACUGCUAGUGACAUUACAUAUGCCUUAAGUUUUAAUGCUAUCAUUAUUGGAUUUAAUGUGAAAAUUUCCAAAAGUGCACCGAAAAGUUCUAAAAAUCAGAAAAAUGCUGGAAAACCCAAUUGCAACUUUAUUUUUGCCAAUGUUUUAUACCAAGUGAUCGAACAGGUUGAAGAAGAAAUGAAAAAAAAACUAAGCAUAAAGCCAAGUGGCAAAUACACCGGACAAGCAAUUAUUUUAAAAAUUUUUAAUGUAGCUAAAUUAGGAAAAGUAGCUGGGUGUGUUGUCAAAAGUGGCACUAUUAACAUUAACAGCAAUGUAAGAAUUUUGAGAAAUGAUAAAGUUGCAUACAUGGGGAAAAUUGUGUCACUUAAAAUUCUCAGGGAGGAAAAAUCGCAGGUAAAGCAAGGGGAUGAGUGUGGAAUAGGUUUUGAAAAUUAUAUGGAUUUUAUCCCAGAUGACAUAAUUGAGUCGUAUCAGGAGUAA